UUUGUGAAAUGUUGAAAACAAAAUUGGACAACAAAUUCAAAUUCUUUUCAGAAAAAGACGAGAUUCCAUAAAGAAGAGUUGAACAAAAGAUGUAAAAAUUAAAUGGGGUUCACAAAAGUAUGAAGUUCAAUUACUUGAAUUUUACUUCAUGCCAGGAACAAACAAAUUGUCAAUUUGCUCAGUGAAAGAUCAACACUAAGUUGUCAUUGAAAGUACAACACAGUAAUUAAUAUAGUAAACAUACAUGUAGAGUUAAAAAAAAAAGUCAAGAGUUAAUUUAACUAUUAACUCAACAAUAAAAAUAAAAAAAAAACAGCUGUAAAUAAGAGAUAAUGCUACAUGAAGGGCAUUUAAGGAGAUGAAAGAUGCCUGACUCACAGAUCUGACAAAAUGGUGUGUGUAAAAAUUGUUAUUGUUAAAUGUUAUAUAAGUGUUUAUUCUCACAUAAGUAAUACAAUCAAUAAUUUACAUGGGGAAAGGAGAAGCCAAUGAUUUUUUCCAGCCACUUUCCACUCUUUUAAUAGUUAUGUAAAGAUGGCAUUCAGUGCAAAAAUAUUUAGAAAAAGAACAAUUAGAAACAAAUGAAAAUGGUUAUACAUUGUUAAUGUGGGAAUAUACAAAACUCUAUUUAACACAUCAACAUGUCAAGAUUAAUUCAAAAGUUUUAAAAUGAAUGAAGACGUGUCAAACCUGAUAUGCGCUCUCUCCUAAAUUUGGUUUUGUGUAGAUAGUGUCGCUACCUUUUUAAAAAAAAAACCAAAAAAACAGAUUUACCUUAAGUUUCCUCCAUUUUGACCAAACAUUUAGUCUUAAGAGUUCAAAUUAUUUUGAAUAAAAUGGGUUAAAAAAACAAAACAGGUAUAUGUCCUAAUCAAGAUGUGAUUAUGUUCUGUUAGAUUAAAAAAAACAUUUGCUCCCUUUAGUGCUACAAGUAUACUCUCCUUUACAACAUCUUGUUACCUGGAACAUGACCCAUAUUUACCCUGUAAUCCAGAGGUUAUGCUGUGACAGAGAGAGAAACAAUGAAAUACUAAAGAAACAAAGAGCUCACGUUUGAGCCUGAGAUUGAAAAGAGACGACAACAUGGUGUAAUCCCUUUGGCUAGAGUUGCUGACAGGGGAUAACCCUUUAAAAUGGCCCCUCUCUCCUGUCCUGUCCCAUCCCCUGCCUCGUGCUCUCUGUCCGCCCCCCCAGCCCCUGCCUGUCUUUCUCCAUACACACUGACUGGCUGGACUGUUAGUAUGCCCCUAAAGACACCUGCUCUCACAAACACAGGAGAGCAGCACCAGCAGCACCUGACCAGCCCUGAGGAACUUCACUGACCCUUUAACCAUCACCGUUUUCACCUCACUCAACCACAAAAACAGGACGAGGUAGACUUUUACAAAGCAAAAAAAGGUCAGUGGAUUUUGAUGUGGUGCCCGAUGGGAUGCGGACUGGAUGGGGAGGGGGGGGAACUUGGAUGGUGGUGAUGAAGUUCCCAGAUCUCACUGUCAUGGAUGUGUGGUCUGUUGUCAGCCAUGUUUUUGUGGAGUGCAAUGGUAGUGGAGCUGUUUGAGUGUUGAGAUGGAUGAAUAAACUCUUCCUAGAUGCGGAAGCUGUUAUGUUUUUACAAUGCUUUGAACUAUCACAGGCCAACGUUAACUUCAUGGUAGCCUUGUGAAUCAGUGUUCUGUGAUCAUGUGUGAAAUGAUUGAUAUAAUAUUGUGGGGGAACAAGCAUGUGAAUGGACAAAUUUCUUGUACUUUUAUUUGUUACAAUAUAACAACAAUAGAAAUUCAGGUAAUUACACUUAAAAUCCUAAAAACUAAAAAAGAAAAAAAAGAAUAAAUAUGUUUCAAGUUGCAUGUCAGGCAACCUCCUACAGGCACUGUCUGCUAAGUCAAAUAACACGUUAGACACUGAACACUCACUGAUCCCACGUUUACAAUAUAAAACAUACUCGCAUAUUAAUCAACAUCAAACAUUACUAUCCAGCCAGAAUGACAAUUUUUAUCCCAAACAUAUCCAUUGAACUCUCUGGAGUGAGCUAGCAGACUUAACUAAAGGAACCAAUGUACCAGUCAACACUCAGAGCUGAUUGGCUCCUGACAUACUGUAUAUACAUGCUGUUCAAUGAAACUGAGAGGACUGCUGUUCCUGAGUCUGUGUGAACUGCAAACCUCCUUAACAAAGCAUGAGCUGAGUCAACUCCAAAACAAUUCUUACAAUGGGUUUUACUUUUUAUUUUUGGGGAUUUAGAAACAAAGUUAGCAAACUUUUAAAUGAUUAAAUUGCCCAUCCUACCAUGUGAUAUGUCUGUACAGCAGAUUAUUUCGGGGGUUUUGUUGAAACAUUUCAUGGAAAAUUCACACCGUAAAUCAUAUAUAUAUAUAUAUAUAUAUAUAUAUGUAUACAAUGUAGUGCAAGUACAAAAGCAACAGCUCAUACAUUCUGUUUUCCUCCUGAAUAUUCUUGCAAACUGGAAACCUGAAUAUAUAGAGUGAGAAUACCAGUUCUUGUCCGUGCAACUAAAGGUCAGUAGAUUAGUGAGAUGUAACAUAAAUCAUCAAUAGAAAAAAUGUCGUAUUAGGUGUUUCUCAUUUCUGAGGCCUGGAAAGAAAAUAUUUGGAUCAAUAAAUUUAUUUUGAAUUUUUAAAUCUUCCAGUCCAAGACAUAACCUCAUCAGCUGUUUCUCUCCCCUUAGAGACGUAUACUGAGACCAAAACAACCCACAGCUCUUCCGCCGCGGGACCACAAAGACACAAGCGAGCAGUCUUAUCAUGAUUGAGAGUGACAGAGAGCUGUCGGCCAUGGUGCAGGAGCUAUGGGACAACGAUAUCAACAGACUCAAACCUGGAAAAGACUACAGGAUCUCUCUGCAGGGAAAAGCUGGAGACAGCAUGGCCGUCAACGACAACAAUGAUGGAGCAGGAUAUCCUCUUUUCACAUUUGUCAACGAGAACAUUUUCAAAAAGGAAACCUUUUUAGCCUUUAUCUCACUGUUGGAUAACUAUGAGAGUGACACCGGCGAGCCAGAAAUUGUAACCCCCGAGGAGGUGGCAGAGAACCACAAGUUCCUGGACUCCAUCAUUCAGACUCCCACCAUGAAGAUAGCCCAUAAAUACCUGGUAGAGAAGCACCUCUCUCCUGAGAAUGAGACACAGUUCAAGGAGCAGCUGUACAGGAUCUGGUUUGAACUUUAUGCGAGGAGAGGAUCCAGCAGGCCAGACUCUUCAGGGUUUGAACAUGUGUUUGUAGGAGAGACAAGAGGAGGACGGACUGUCAUCGGCUUUCACAACUGGAUCCAGCUCUACCUACAAGAAAAGCUGGGACACAUCGAUUACAAAGGCUACAGCGUCAAUGCAAAUUCACCCAAGCCCGACGAGAACAAACACAUCCUGGCACUACAGUUCAGCUGGAAGAACGGUAUAAAGCCCAAGGGCAGCAUCUUCAUCGGCGUCAGUCCAGAGUUCGAGUUCGCCCUCUACACUCUCUGUUUCCUCACCUCGCCCAAUGAGCGUGUCAAAGUCCAGUUCAGUUUCUACGAUGUGGAGAUUGUUUGCCACCACUACAACCAAAAGCACAUAGGCACCACUUACCCUGUGCUCCUCAGGUACCAGAACCCAUGAGUAACCUUACCGUAGAAAUCAAUCUGAGAUAUAAAACUUCUCCAACAGUUGAGCUUGGAUACAAACUGUCAUAGGUAUUGUUGUUGCCUUUUUAUUAUAGAUAAAGAUACAAUAAAACCUUACAA